AUGGCUUUAUCAAAAGUUCGGCUUGCUGCAAUGUCGGAAUGCAAGAUUUGUUCAAACACCUAUCAUCAACCGAAACAUCUAAACUGUGGGCAUACUUAUUGCCAAGAUUAUUUAGACGGCAUUUUGGUGUUUAUGGAAGAUGGAAGUGCUGAACUGCCUUGUCCAGUGAGAUGUACUAAAAAGACAACAAUAACUAAGGAACAAACAACAUCUUCGUUAAUGCAGAUGUUCAUACUAACUAGCAUUUUGGACGAAGUGUUUUUAAUCCCUAACAUUUCAGUUCGACCUACCUAUACGCAAAUGUGGUUUGGAACGGGUCACCUGGUAAAAAAUGUUAAACCUAUAUGUCAACAAAGGGAAAAAUUCAAGCAGAUAAUCGGCUAUUCCUGUACAACAUGCAGUCUUCAUUCUUGUUCCAGCAAAUCAUACACCAAUGUCAUUUUUAAUCAAAAAUUACAAGAGCUCCAACCAUUGUGUAAACAACACAACUCUCUUGCAAAAUUUAUCUGUAUUGACUGUGCAAAUUUGUUUACCUGUGUGUAUUGCACACACAGACAACAUAAGAAUCACAGAAUCAAAUCAAUAGAUGAGAUUGGUCUGGAAACGAAAAAGUGGUUUCAAACAUCUAUCACUUCAUUCGAUGAAACAAAGGGAGUGUGGAAAGAAUUAACAAGGAAAUACGGUGACGCUCUAACAAAUUUGGAGAAAAAAAGAGAAGUAUUUCUUCUAAAAUUAAAAGAAAGGAAGUCAAAACGACUAGAAGAGUAUCUCAAAAUAUUAAAUAAAAAAGAAGAAGAUCUAUUGCGGAUAUUCGAUGAAAAAUCUAAAGAAUUUAAAGCAAAAUUGAUUUGUGAUGAUUUCGUUGGUGAUAGGAAAUUAGUUGCUGAAAAGUUGGAAAUUGAACAACAACUUCGCAGGCUAUCCUCUCUUCCAAAAACUAUCCCAAUAUUCAAUUCACAUCUUCAUCAAAUGAAAAAAGUAGAUUUUUCAGCAAACCUGUUGUGCGGAAUGAAAAUUUCAAUUGAUGACGUCACCAUUGUUGGUGUAGAUCCCAGUGAAUGUUCUGUUUAUGGAAACUUGAUUGAUGAAGUUAAAACUCAACCAAACCAUUCCCAAUUAGCAACUGAUUUAAUGUACUUAGUUGAAAGUCUGAAAGAGUACGAGAAACAAGAUAGAUAUGUGCUACUUGGCAUCUUCACUACUCAGCACCACAAUGAUCAGAAUCAGCCUUUGUUGUCAUUAAAUGAGGUGAAGGCAAAACAUAUCCAACUUGCUAAGAAAAGACACUCCUACGAAGAAAAUAAUGAUACAGAGUAA